AUGGACUUCGUCAUGAAGCAAGCGCUGGGCGGGGCCACCAAGGACAUGGGGAAGAUGCUGGGGGGUGAGGAGGAGAAGGACCCCGAUGCGCAGAAGAAGGAGGAGGAGAGGCAGGAGGCCCUGCGCCAACAGGAGGAGGAGCGGAAAGCCAAGCACGCCCGCAUGGAAGCGGAGCGGGAGAAAGUCCGGCAGCAGAUCCGUGACAAGUACGGGCUGAAGAAGAAGGAGGAGAAGGAAGCAGAGGAGAAAGCUGCUCUGGAGCAGCCAUGUGAGGGCAGCCUGACGCGCCCCAAGAAGGCAAUCCCAGCAGGCUGUGGGGAUGAGGAAGAGGAGGAGGAGGAGAGCAUCCUGGACACCGUCCUCAAGUACCUGCCUGGCCCGCUGCAGGAUAUGUUCAAGAAGUAA